UUUCUCUAGGUUUAAUUAGAAUAUCGAUCGGGAUAUUCGGUUUGUUUCCGGUUUAAGAGGAAGGAUGAGAAGGCAAGAAUAAACUUGGGAAGGUACACGCGCCUUGAAAUCGUUUUAUGCAUAAAAAAUGUGUUAGUUGAAUAGAAGUAGCGUCAAACUAUACCAACACUAUUCUUCAUUAGUGUUCCACCGGUACACGAGAGGCUGCUAAAACAUUUGUUAUAUGCUGAAUAGGACCGUCUAACAGCGCGCACAAGUGAAGCGAUCGAAUAGAAUCCCGAAAUAUAAAAAUAAAAAGUUUAAGAAUUUUUUAAAAUAUAUAGAUAAAUUAAUGGUAAAAAACUUUAAAUUUUUAGAUAUAAUGCUAAAUUUAGAACUUAUAAUAUAAAAAAUUAAACAAAGUUAUUAAAUUUUAAAAUUACUUGAUAAAAUGUAUAAUUAAUACUGUAAUUUUUUUGAACCGGAUCUAAAAUUAAUUUGAGACGACGCUGAUGCUGAGAUACCUCAAAAACACCGACAAAACGAAUAGUAGAAUUAUCCUGAUAUCUCAACCAUCAAAUUUUCUUUGGUGCAAUAACUUUAGCGUCCAAGCUUCGAAGCCCUCGAAAAUCUUUUUUUGACCAGAGAUUUAUUAGAAAGUCAAAACAUAUGACCGUCAACUGAACGGGUGUGGGCAAUGUACACUGAACAAAGUCUGAAUCUCAACGACUCUUUUCCAUUUAAUAGUUCCAUAUUCUACAAGAUACAUUUAAUGCUACUGCAUGGAAAUCAUUAUUUAUAACUAUGAUAAACAUUAAAUAUGUGUUAGGUUUGAACUUACACGCGUUUCCUCGGAUUCCCUAUUCUCAUUUAAAACUCAUUUUUGUAUUUUCUGUGUUUCUCAUUUUAGUCAGGUGUCACGGUCUCUCUGUCUCCCUUUUCUUAUGAACUCUUCUCUCCAUCACAGUUACUCCAAUCCAAAUUCGUUUUGAAACUAUCCUGCGGAACACACGUUGUUUCUUUUCUGAACUUUUACUUAAACGCUUUGUAAUUGUUACUAAGAUUCAGACCUGCUAAGAUUAAUGUAGUCGUUGGUUUUACAUAUAAAAUAUAAAGAUUGUAGACACAAACACAACUUUUUAUUUUUGUUAGAGGGCAUAUCAAGGAUGAUUUGGCAGACGGAUAUGUACGCAAAUCUAGACACCGACGUGCAUGUCACAUAUAUGUAUCCACACAAAAAAGAAAACAGUAAACAUACUAACCUACGUACUUAACAUAUGUCACAUAUAUAUAUAUGUACUAUCGUCGACAAGUUGGUGGAGACAAAUACCCACCCAUCACUAACGAUGUAGGAUAUAUGAUGAAUUGAUGAUCGAUCAUAUAUAUGCGCAAUACUCACAAGUUGUAGAUCCUGAUAACUUGAUUAUCACUCCAUAACAAAGUACUUAAAAAAAUAUAUUUGGUGAACAUAUAUAGAUCAGUUUUCUUAUAUCUUCAGUGUAUAUUUAUUUUCGUUCAUAUGAGUUGGGGACAUAGAUUUACACCAAUAGAAACAUAUGCUCCUAGUUUUUUUUUUGCUUCCACAUUCAUAGAUGUAUGUACGUAUAAUUUUUUUUUGUUUUAUACGAACCGGAACUCAAAUGACAAUACAACAAGAAAUUUUCAUAUUGUCAUUCUGUCUCUAAGGCAUCCCUAUAAUCUUUUACUUCAACAUAUUUUAAGAUUUUUGUGUAAGUGCUAAAAUCAUAUUUUAAAAUCUACCGCAAAUGAAAAUUAGUGAUCCGACAUGACAAUUUUUUUCUAUUUAUUAUGAUAUUAAAAUUAUAAAAAAUUUAGACACAACCGAUAACCGGCAAAAAAAUUUCAUUCCACACUUCCGUAGUUCCGUGAUAUAUUUAAUUAUAAAGUUUAAAUUUCAAAUUAUGAAUAGUUACCAGUUACCACUCCUCUACCCUUUAUUCCCUCCACUUUCCACUCUGUUCUCAGAAUCGAAUAUAAACUAUUUCAAAAAGUACGCACUCAAUGUCAUUGUCUUUCUAUAGUACAUUUUUGUAUCCGAUAAUUAAAUUUGAAACAAAAAAAAUAAAAACCUUUUUCAUAAUAUUUUAGUCAGAAGAAGAGGAAAAUUACCGAACUGAAUCGACACCGAUCUGAUUGAUGCAUUCAAUUCCUUGUUGACUAUAAAACCGGCCUGUCCCCCUUCACUUCACAUUCGCCAGCAACGUUAGAAGGAGAGAGAGAACAAGAGCAACAAGUCUCAUUCAACUUCACAAAAAUACCUAAAGAUUCCCAAUAACCAAAGCAAGCCUUUGAUUACUUUUGUUAAUCAAUUGCUCUCUUUCCUCUGAUUCCACAUCCAAGAACUCAUGGGAUAUUCCGACAAAUCUUACAACCAACUCGAAGUCGAGAUACGUGAAGCCACCGACGGUAAAAAAUGGGUUAUCGCCGGUCUUCCUCCACGUUCGCCGCUCAAGCCUAUUAACUCCUCCUCCGACGUCAUAUUCACCGAAACAGAGGAUCAAGAUCAGUGUCCGACAACACCCACAGCGGUUUCUGUCAGAAUUCCAAGAGUCCCGCCGUGCCCAGCCGCACCAAAGAAGCGGAAGCCGUCGUCCAAGUGCAGCUACGUUGCCACCGGUAGAGAGUUCUUCUGUCCACCAGACCUCGAAACCGUUUUCAUUCAGAGAGCUGCUAGUUAACUCUGGUUUUUCACAACUUCUCUUUCUAACCUUCUUUAGGGUUGUAAUAUUCUUCUCGAUUCUGGUUAAGUUUUAGAUUCUGAACCUACUCUUAUGGUCUUAUGUGUUUUUCAGUUCUAGACUUCUAGUAAUGUUAGGACACUAAUUAAGGUUGCUGAAUAGAAGUAUAUCUUUCGUGUUUAUGUACAAUUAUCCCCCCUUUUCUAGUAGAAUUAAUAAAUAUACGACAUGUCGUUUGUAGCUUGGUUUAUUAAUUUGCAAAUUUUGAAAUGUU